AUUGAUUUCAAUCCUCCAACUUGCCUUGUGUUUACAUUUUGUCAACCUCACGUCACCAUUUUGUGCGAACAAUAUCAUUUGAAUGGACGGCGACUAAAUAAUUGAUCGAAUUUAGCUGGUUUUGCCGAAUUGGAACAGAAUCGAUUCUGCUGUGUUUAACGGUGCUUGGUUCAUGAACUAUAACCUUUGGUUCAAGUGAGCCUUUCCUUGAGUUGCCCGUUCUUCAUUAGUCCGGCGUGCGGUAUGCAGAUAUUGUGCGGAUAUUGUGUGUAUCACAUUUGAGAACCCCCAUGGCCGGCGUACCACACUUUCAUUUGACCACAAAAGAAAUGGACCAAUUAGUUACAGGAUGGGUGUGAAGCGCGGUCUCUCUGGCGGCUGGUCAGUACUCGCUCUCGGCCUCGGCGUAAUGUCUUGCAUGACCGUCCUAUCGCUGGCAGUUCCAACGGCUCGCCUUUCAAAAAGAUUUGAAACGAAUGGGGGAACAAACAACACCCUCUCGAACCAUGAAAGCUGCAUUGCGGGGAACAAAUCGUACAAGAGCGGCGAGAUGGUGACGGAAAAUGCAGGCCCUUGCGAGGAGUGCGUAUGCAAACCUCCCAACAUCCAGUGUACGAUGGUCCACUGUCCCGUGAAGACGGGUUGCAAGAUCAUUCAGCUUCCCAACCAGUGCUGCCCUCAGUUUCAAUGCGACUGCGAGUUCAAUGGAAGGAAUUACUUCAAUGGAGAGCAGAUAGAGGCACAGCUGGACAAGCCGUGUGAGGUCUGUUACUGUAAAGGAGGUGACGUGAUGUGCACGUCAGUAACUUGUUACGAAAGGAGUGACUGUCAAGCAAAGGUCGUCCCUGGCCAAUGCUGUCCAAAGUAUGAAAACUGCCCACCAAGAGGAGUGAAAGAGCUGGGACAUUCUGAUAAAACUGAGGGCACCAUAGAUGAUGAUUCUAAAACCAAAAAGCGAGAGAUGCAACCGUGGCUACUGACCAAUCCUGCCGAGGAGGUGGAACGCCACGAAACGACGGAAAUAAAUGCACUAACUAUGGUGCACAAUGAAGACUCAUCAGCAGGAACGACAGAGGAACGGAUAGCUGCUACAGAAAAAAUAAGCAGUAAUUACUUAGAAAACCUAUCUACAGAGUAUAGAUUGCUUGACGACAAGUCAACUUACGAAACAACAGAGAAGGUUGAACUGGAGGAUAGGGGGAAAGUUACAAGUGUCUCAUAUGAUUUUGAUGCAACAGAGGCGUAUGAACUCAGUACACAGCCAGAAAGAAAUGAGUCUCGGGAUAGUUCAGAUUUAGCCACAAAUGCAGUCUCGACAGAAAAAGACAGCAGUCUUGCAAUAGCAGCCACAAGUUCACCGGUUAAAUUUGAAAAAAUAACAGCGGAACCAGAAUCUGCAGGAGCAACAGAAAGUUAUAAGGCUCUGGUCUCGGAACUGACAACAGAGCAGGCAGUGCAGGUAACCGAACACUUAGACGGAGGAGGGGACUUCAAAUCAGCCUUGGAAACCGAUAAAAAAACAUCGGAAAUUGCCAGUGAAGAUGUUGACGAAAAUAUGAAAGACUCAUAUACAACAUCACUUGCUAUGACAGAACUGGAUGAUGCAACUCUCGCUACAGAAAGGAUAGAUCAAGAAGCAAAUACUGCAUCUGGCACUCCAAAGGAUAUACUUUUCCAAACUGUGGGCUCGACUGUUCAGCCAAAUUCUGCAAGCAUCAACCAAGACUUUAAAACUUUGACGGCAGCUGUGAGCAAUGAUGAGGCAACAAAUUAUGAUCAUAAAGAAAUUAAUGCAGAAAAAGGGACUAGUUCUGAGUACAUUGCAUCAACGACUGAUGCCGGCUUCGAGGGGAAAGUAAGCUUCACAACAAUUAACAGCGAUCUGAAACAAGCAGAUGGUCAAACAGAAGAUCAAAAAUUUAAGGUUGAAUUGAUAUCUCAAACGGAGACACCUUCGUUCACAACCAUAGCAUCGGACCUGGAUAAAUAUAAAGUACAUUUAUCUAUAGGACAAAUUGAGGAAAAAGCUACCGUUGAGAAUGUGAAUGCUAAUCAUGAUGAAGAAAGGAAAGAAAAUGAGCAUACCGAGGCUUCCAUCGUGCCGACCACUGACUAUGAGGAACUAAGCACAGUGUUGAAUGACCAGGAUGAACCAUCGCAUAGCAAUGUGCUCGAUACAGUAACCUCCGCAGCAGUUGGAGACGACCAAAAAACUCAAGAAAAACUGGAGGAAGAUAGCGGUAAAAUUCUUACGACAACGGAAUCUGAGGAAAGCACGAGACUAGUAAGCGAUGAGUCCAGCACAAACAUAAAUCCCAGUUACCCUGAGGAGGCCACAGAGCUUAAAAAAGACGAGAAAAUUGUUGAAGAAAUAAAAACUAUUUCAACAAUAGAAAUGCUACAAUCGACACAAGAACCCUUGAAUGACGGUACAACCGAACUGUUAGUUGCCUCUACAGAGAAAAUUGUUGGUGAAUUAGUUAAAAGCGAUACUUCUGAAGAGGAAUCACAAACAAAGGCUCAAACUAUACAGACGUUUGUAACUGACAAAAGUGAGAUGAGUGAACAAAUAAAGAAUACGAAUGCUGAUAUAAAAUCAGAUUCGCAGCUCCUUACCACAAUGGACCAAUUGAUGAACCAAAAAUAUCAGGUAACAACCUUCGCAAAAAUAGAGGACAGCGCAGAUGUCAGACCUACAACAUUUAAAACAGACGAGAAAAAUCAAAACGAAGAGGCACUGGACACGACUUCAACUUAUUCAGACGUUACUACAGAAUCCGAAUUGCUCAUAAUUGAUAGCCUCUUGAAAUUAGUGGUGUCCUCUGCGUUACCGCCAAACGAUCUAGACGACAAAACGAAUGUACCAGAGACCCUACAGGACAGUGAGAUUACGACUAUUGAGAGCUUAAAAACUGAGAAAGAAAUACUAUCUACUACUGAGGUCACCUACAGCACCGAGCAAGACAGUAUUCAGGGUCUUGAUAAAACUGCAUUCUUAAAUGCCCAGCUUUCUCCUGACCAAAAUGAUAUGGAGAACCUCGCCCCGAACUUUGAAAGAAAACCAACUGAUUACACCACUAACAGUGAUAUUUCAACAACUUACGAGCUUGACAAGAUUUCAGCAACGGAACAUUCAACGGACUUGAUUAGUUCCUUAAAACAACAAUCAAUUGGAGACAAUUUGACCGAUACAAAUUUGAAUGAGUCUUCAACUGAAACUUAUAUGAAACCCGGAGUGUCGUCUUUGAUGCAAACAACUGAGGAGUAUCCAAUUACAGAGGAUCCAAAACUUGUCCAAAGUAUAUUAAAUUUGGCACUGUCCAUGCAGACACCUGAUGAUAAUACGAUGGGCAUUCGGCCACCGGAUUUUAUUCCUAUUAAAUACAUAGGACAGUCAGAGGAGAAUCUUAAUGACACACAAAAAACCACAGAAAUCAAUGGGUCAACAACAGAAAUCAAUGGGUCAACCACACCAUUCGAUAAGAAAACUUUCUCUACUUUUUUCACUGAAAAAACCGAGGGAACAACGGAGAUUUUCGCGGACACCAAGCAGCUGGAACAAUCAAUAUCGAAGCACGUACAAAAUCUGACGCAGCUAGCACUCACGCCUAUGGCAAACAAACUUCUUAAUCUGGUUAAUAAAGGCAAUAAAACAAAUAUCAAAAAAGGGCCAGCGCCGCAAAACGUCAAGGAUGAAAUUAUAAUGCCAAAGGAUUCAGAAAUCGAAAGGAUUGCAGAAGAGAUUCAGAACGCAACGAUUUUGUCAUUUAGAGACAGCUUUGAAACUUUGGAGAAACAACUUGGGGUGGAGCCAGCAAGCACAACUAAACCCAGCACAAUUAAAGCCAGCACAGCUAAAGCCAGUACAGCUAGAGUUAGCACAGCAAAAUCAAGCACAAUUAAAGCUCUGAAGUCGACAAGUCAACCUGUAAAACACAAAGCGGACUCUGCUCAGUCAAACUUGCACAAAGUGAGAAGAAGACGAAACAAAGUUAAGACCAAAAAAUGAAUUUGGAGGCAGGAGAAAAAGUAGGAUUGUUGAAAUUUCUGCAGAAAAUGCAAAAUUGAACUUUAAUGGAGGAAAGGAAUAUGAUAAACUGAAAAAAGAGAAUGAGUACUUUACUUUUGUACGUCUUAAGUACAUUGCAUGGUUAGGAAAUAUUUUAUUUUCUAAAAAAAUAAGAUUUUAAGACGUGAAAAGUGAGGAAAAAUGUGUAAGAAUUUUCAGACGGAGCAUAGAAAAAAGUAGGCUCCUUUAAUUACGAGAGUCCUAUUCAAUCUUUUUAUUAGAAUAGACUUGCAACACAUAUACUUCUUAAUGACUGUGAUUUUACUGUUAAGUGCGCUCUCAUUGCCUUGUUUGAUGACUUAAGAAAGAAAUGAACUAAUCCGGAAGAUUUAUAUACCUGAGUAAGAGUGCAAAUCAAACCUACUUUGCAAGUAGAAGAUGUUUGAUGCACUGACUGGCUAUUAGAAUUUGUUCUCCAAUGAGGAAACAUCAUUUCAAAUUUAUUUAAUUUCAAUUCAAAAUAAAAAUCUUCUAGAUAUUGACUAUUGAUGACGACACAGUAAAAAAAAAGCAAUACCUAAUAUGAUUGUUGAUGAAAACAAGGAACCAAUCUGAAUUAAAUGUCGAUAGGCAAGCAAACUGUGAUUGGAGAAUCAUUUCUGCAGGAAAAAAUGAACAUAUGAGUACAUUCAGGAUGAAAUUGGUGUUUUCAAAAAGGAGAGAAAGUGCAACAUCAUAGAAUCAGUGACAAAACAUAAUUGAAAAUCGAGACCCAAAGAUAUACUUUGUUUAAACAUAAUUAAUUUUGUUGAAAAAUCCGUUCUGUUGGGAGAUAUUUUCUAAUUAAACAUUUAAGGGGCUAAAAAUAAAAUAAAAAUGCUCAUUUCAGAUUCCAACAUUGUAAGUCUCCAUGUAAGUUUCAUAUUCUUGAAGGAAAACUAACCAAGAGUUUUUAUUGAAAUUUUUUAUGAAUUUUCGGCAAUAAUUCUACAGAAGUCACACAAAAUUGCAAGGAAAAAUUUUGAUUAGUAUUCCUUAAAGAAAAUAAAACUUUGAGAGAGCUUCUUGAAAGUCAACAAGAACGUUCAAGAAUAUUCGUUUGUUGCAUUAAGCCAUCAAUUGAUAGAAAAAGUUUCAAGCUUUUUCCAACCGAUAUUAACACAUCUUUGGGUUAUGAUUGUCAUGUUGUUAUCUCAUUAAUCCUUCAGCACCCCUGAAUUAAAGGAUUAUAAUUUCUUUUCUUUUAAAAGUACACAGAAUAUCUAAGACAAUUGUCGCGGAGAGAAUUUAUUUUGAGAUGAUCAUUUCAGACUCUUUGACUAAGAGUUUUUUAAAAGAGCCCAAUAUUUAAGGAGGCAAUCAAAAUGAGAAAUUGAGGUUAAACACUAUCAUUCUCUUGAACAUUCUCUUGAAUCAAAAUCUCAAAUAGACGUAGUAUGGUAAGGUUAUUAGACAGCAUCUAAUGUGCUGUCCAAGAGCUUCAGUGGUUUGAUAAAUUGUUUUUUUCCAAAAAUGAACCAAAAAAAUUGGAGUAGUGAAGAGAUAGAGAAUACUUGUAAGAUAAAUUUUGUAAAUUGUAAAUACUGUAAGUAAUUAGAUGUUAAUAAUUCUCAAUGAAUGGUAGGGAAUAAUUGUUGAAAUUUGUUAUUUUUAAAGUAAAUAUUAUUUAAUUACAGUA